UAGAAGGGCUUCAUUUAAUUCAACCAGACCACCGGACAUUUCAGCUUCUAGUAGCAAAAAAAGACUAAAAGCAAGUGGAGUUUACUGUGGCAAGAAGGCCGAAGUUUGUUCUGUGGCUGGAGAUGACAUUUAAGAGCAGAAUUGCUGGUUGAUGGAGUUUGUGCGGCGGAGUGGUGACUACUGCCACGCCCAACACAUUUAGACCCUGUCUGGGAUGAGCUGCACCAUGCAGUCCUGCAGCCCUGAAACCUGAAAGACCACUGGCCUGUGCCCUCUGAACCAGCCAGCUCAUGGGGUAACAAGUGGAGGCCGCGACACCGAAAGCUAACUGGAGAGCGAAGGAAAGAGAGAACUACUGUGAGACAAAGAGAGAGAGAGAGAGAGAGAGAGAAAAGGACUGGACAAUCAAGGAGACAAAAUCAAAGAGACGAACAGAAAGAGAGCUGAUGCUCUGUAGCCUCCUGGACUAUAGGAUACAGUCAACUGAUGGGGUAAUACAAGACAACAGGACGUCACAGUUGGGGAAUUACCUUAUACGGCUAUAAACUGUCUCCCACUAGGAAGUUCCACAAAAGACAGGAAGUCCAGUGUCACUGUGAGACCUGAUAUCAGGCGAAGACACAGCAGCUUCAGCUGCAGCUAAAGGUCAAAGGUCAUCCUGGGAUGUUAAAGGUCACACUGGCCACCAUGAACCGUCCAGCUCCAGUCGAACUGUGUCACAAGAACAUGAGAUUCCUUAUCACACACAACCCCACAGACAGCACACUCAGCUCCUUCAUAGAGGACCUGAAGCGCUACGGUGCCACCACAGUUGUUCGAGUCUGUGAUAUCACUUAUGAUAAAACGCCUUUGGAGAAAGAUGGCAUUAAUGUGGUGGAUUGGCCUUUUGAUGAUGGAGCCCCGCCUCCCAGUAAGCUGGUUGAUGAUUGGUUGAGUCUGCUGAAGAAGAAAUUUCAAGAGGAUCCAGGAUGCUGCGUGGCUGUUCACUGUGUGGCUGGACUGGGGAGGGCUCCUGUGCUGGUCGCUCUGGCUCUGAUAGAGAGCGGGAUGAAGUAUGAAGAUGCUAUUCAGCUUAUCAGACAGAAGCGUCGCGGAGCCAUCAACAGCAAACAGCUCACCUACUUGGAGAAAUACAGAUCCAAGCAGAGACUCCGCUUCAAAGACUCUCACACACACAAGAACAAGUGUUGCAUCAUGUGAACACACACACGCACAGAAAGACGUCAUCUCAGGAAUCCAACCAUACCGGCCUUGUUUCAUGUUCACAAAUAUUGAAAUACACGGAUUUCACAGACCCCAGUGUACCCUGGGAAUUUUAGAAAAAUUUUCACAGAAAUUGUAUCAGAAUGAAUCUUUGUCCUCUUGCUCGCAAUGAUUUGUUGUCUUUUAAAGAUUAUUUUUUUGGUGUGUUUGCUUCAUAAUAUAUUUUUAGUUCUAUAGUUAUGAUUUGUAGCUAAUUGUUGAGGCAUAUUUGCUUUUUUACAUAGCUCUGGAAAAGACACUAACUUGGGUCAGGGUUAAUAUGCUGAGGCUUAUGAAUCACAUUAAUAUUUUCACCAUAGCAGAUACACAGCAUGAGCCUAUGGGGACACAUGGACAGGCCUGGGUAGGACUGAUUUGUUAUGAUACACAGUAUACCUGAUCUAUUGGCCUUCAAAACCUCAAAUCAUACCAGCUAUUUUAAAAAUACCUUUGAAUUUUUAUUAUUUUGUACAUAUGUUUAAACCUCACCACAAUCUUGGUAUGAAAAUACAUGCAGUAUUGCUGUAAGGAUAUUUAUUUGAUACAGUUUUAGUAGAAAGAAACUUAAAACUGAAAAAGGAAUGAAUAAUUGUAGCUCUUCAGUCUUUUCAUUGUUAUUUCAAAUUAGCAUCGAUAUGCUAAUUGGACCCUGUCUUUUACAUUGUUCUUGUUAGUGUCUGUCCUCAGGGUAAGUGAAGAUACAAGGCACAUUUUCAUCCCAUUAUCUACGUUCAGUAUGAAAAUCUGCUUCUGAAAUGUUAACUGAAGUAUUUUGGUAAACAUAACGCCUUCAUUUAGUUUCGUCUCAGUCACUGUUUUGAUAUUACUUCAUUGUGCUUGUGAGUGUUUACAUAUCAGUGUGUGCAUUACAGUAUAUUAUGCUCUGUUUACUGACACCCACAGAAGGAAACAUCUUUGUUAGCAGUAGCUGAUUUCAAGCCACGUUAAAAGUACAUACAGCAAGAAUGUAUUAUAAAACAAGAAAUAUAAAUAGCUCUACAGUAAUGAUACAUAACACACUUUCUAAAAUAAAUAAGAAAUGUAAACUAGUUGUAAAUAAUAUUAAAUGAAGUAUUUCUUUACCUCUUUUAUCACCCUGGCGGUCAGGGUGAGCCACUCCUCACAGUCACUGACUAAAAUAAUGUGCAAAAGAAGUUCAAUCACAACGGGUGUUAAACAUUUUUAUGUUCAUUUGUCAGGGAGGAAUUUACAUUUUAUCAGCAAUUUAUGACACAAUGGUUCAGUUUUAAUCCAAGGCCAAUUUUGGUCUGAAAUCUAGAUGAAUUGAGUAGUUGAUCUAAUCCCAGCAUAAAUGCUUCUGUGUAUCAUCAGCAUUUAGGCUGGAUUCAGGCAUCUUGUUGUUGGAAUUUACUUUUUUUGUAUUGUUCCUGAAUGAUGCAUGUAACCAACUGCUUCUGACACCUCUUUGUCUGUUUUCUUUUUUCAUUGAAAACGAUUACUUUUUUUUUGCUGAAGAUAGAACAUGCACUUUUUAUGAAUUUGUAGGUUGCUUACGAUAAUCUUCUUGUCAUCUCUGUUAUUAAAAAAAAUAUGAUGUCCCAAACAACAAUUUGUGAAAGUGAAAUAAGCAGUAGAGAAGAAAGAUCUACCAUCAUCACCUGAAAGCUUAGCCUUUUUUUUUUUUUUUUUUACUUGUUCCUAUGUAAUGUGUAUGUAUGUGUUUGUUUGAAUGUGUGUGUGUGUGCGCGUGUUUGGUGGUCUUUUAGUUACUGUUAAUCACUGGGACUGGCCUGAGCUGACACUUUUUUAAUGUUAAAAAAAAAGCAAAAAACAAAUUCUGUAAAUGUCCACGUCUGUAAAUUCUUGCAUUAUUUAAUAAAGUUUUUUCAUUGUUCCCCCACUGAAAA